AUGGCAGACACCGGCAAAUACUUGGUGAUCACACCUGAGGAGGUGGCGUACGUCAGGAAGCAGCUGGGUACCAACGAGGAGGACAUCAAGGUGGCUGUGAAGCCACUGCGAGAGUGGCUCAGGAUGCAGCCACACUUACCUGACGCCGUAGACGACUCCCUCAUUGAGCGAAUGUAUAUCAACUACAAGUGCAGCAUGGAGAAGGUGAAACUGAGAUUAGACGCAUACUUCUCCCUCAAUCACAGAUUUCCCGAGUUACUAAUGAACAGAGGUUUCGGAGUAAGCGACUUCCAGUUUGCAAAGAGGCACUUAAAAAUGAUGGUGAUGCCACGACUCACAAAGGAUGCAUAUCGUGUGCACGUCUUGACCGCAGUGGACGAAGACCCGACCAAUGUAAUUUGGCCCCUUUAUGGUAAGAUAUUGACCACCAGAUUGGAAAUUAUGUUGCUUGAAGAAUACUCUCUUGGUGAUGUGGGCAUCAUCGACUUGGCCAACGUGAAUGCUGGACACAUCGUACGUGCAGAUAUCAACCUCGUCCGCAAUAUUGAAGUCUGCUAUCAGACUGCUUACCGCCGGCGAUUGAAAGGACUUCACUUGCUGAAUGCAUCGAAGAUCAUACAUUCAGUCAUGAAAAUAGUGAAGAUGGCGCUAUCUGAAAAGUUGCAAAAGAGGGUGUUCGCGCACCUUCCAGGAUCGACGACUCUGUUCGACUAUGUGCAGCCUGACUGCGUGCCAGACGAGCUGGGUGGCACUGCUGGUCCUGCUGACAACUUUGCUUACAAAGUUAGGGAGAUGGUCAACAGUGAGUGGCUGCUGGAGAAAGACAAGUACAUGUCAGACGAGAGCAAACGCCCCGCCGAUAACCACUAUGGCAUCUACGGCAUCGCAGACUCAUUUAAAAAAUUGUCCGUGGACUGACACACACCCCUGUUUUGCAAGACAGGAAGACGACUUUAUGAAACACUUGUACAUAUUAUA